AUCUUUGUACUUGGGUUCAUUGUGAUAGCAUGGAGGCUUGUAAUAGUGGUUGUGCAUCUAUCAAUUGAUUCAUACAUUAUAGCAAAACUCUUUGAGUACAAGUGUCAACGUUUGAUCAAACUCAUGCAGAAAACUUCGUUAAGCAGAGUGCAGAAUUUAGAACUUGUGAAGCGAAAGUUUCGCGAUAUUGUAGACUGUCAUCAAGAUCUGAAAUUGUGUUUCGAUUUGAUACAAGAUGUAUUAGGUGCAUUAACAUAUCCAGCAAUGAUAUGUUUCGUCCCAAUCACUGCCUGUUUUUCAACUGCAUUUGCGAAGGAUUUCAAUAAGGCUUAUCUUCUGGAGGGCUUGUUAUUAGCGGCACUUUGUUACUUCAAUUUCUAUUCGUGGCAGACAAUAGCAGAUUUGGGUGAAAUCAUUCAAGAAGCUGCCUACAAUAUGGAUUGGUACGAUAUGGAUAAGGCAAUGAAUAAAGAAUACUUAAUUUUUCUUAUGAAACUUCAGCGGCCGCAUGAGUUGCAAUCAGCAAUAUUUGUUUUGCAGAUGCCCAUGUUUCUUCGGCUGAUGCGAAGCGUUUACUCAUUCUUCAUGUUAAUGUACCAAAUGAAUUGAGGAUCGGAUAUUACCCUCUGCACAACUCGGAAUGAUUUUAAAUUUCUGAUUGUUCAAACAUAAUUCAAUAUAUUUGCUGUAAUU